CUGUUUUUCUUUCGUGUACUUUUCAUUAUUUUUCUUUUGAACGAAAUGAAUGAAAGGUGAAGAAGUGAAUUGAAGUGAAGGCAGUAAAUAUUAUUAGCAGUAAUGACCUGCUCAGUAGUCGGUUCUAUCAAUGUUUCUCUGUCUCUCUCAUUUGUUUGCUUUUAGAAGCGGCAAAGUUAACUGCUACUCAUACCAAGCUCUUGCUUUUUGAUCCUCUCUCUCCUUCUCUGUUUCUCUCUCUAAAAUUCGGUUGAACUUGCAAAGAAGAGACAUCUGCAGCUUCCAUUGAGAGCAAGGAAUUCCAGAACAAAAACUCUACUUUAAGGGGGUUUUCAAAUGUUCAAGAACACUUUGUAGCUCAUUUUUGGCUGUGAUUGUGGUGCAGUUGAGGCUUUGUGUUCUUUUUUGAAUUGGGAAAUUUAAACGGAUCAAAGCAAAUCAAGUGUUUUUAUUAUUAUUAUUAUUUUCUUUUUCAUUUUUUAUUUUUAUCUUGGACUUGCCAUGUUGGGGGGUUCUUUUCAUAUUAAUUGAGUGUGGCCAUUAUUAGGUGAAGGGGUUGGCCUAAUUUUUAUUAUUUUUCCUUUAAUAAAAAAUUUUCUGGCCUUGUACUUUGCUGCUUUCAUUCUUCUUCUCAGAGUAGGUGAGGGUGUUGAUGCUGAGGAUAAAAAAAAACUGUGCUUGAGGGAGUUAUGAAUGAUGGGUGCUUCUUUGAUCCCUUGGAGAAUUAGAGGAUUAGUUGGAUUUUGUAAGUGAAGUGAAGCAGACACAUUAGACACACCCCAUUUGGAAAAUGCCUGAAGGGAGCAAAAGGAGGAUACGUUUCAGCAAAUUGUACAGUUUUUCUUGUUUGAAAUAUCCAUUCAGAGAUGGUCAUUCCCAAAUUGGGCAGAAGGGGUACUCAAGGGUUGUCCACUGCAAUGAUCCAGAUAACCCUGAAGCAGUUCAGUUGAAUUAUGGAGGAAAUUAUGUUUCAACAACCAAGUAUACAGCUUUUAAUUUCAUCCCCAAGUCUUUGUUUGAGCAGUUCAGGAGGGUUGCAAAUAUCUACUUUCUUGUUGUUGCGUGUGUUUCAUUUAGUCCAUUGGCACCUUUUACUGCUCUGAGUAUUGUUGCUCCUUUGCUGGUUGUGAUUGGAGCUACUAUGGCCAAGGAAGCUGUGGAAGAUUGGAGGAGGAGAAAACAGGAUAUAGAGGCAAACAACCGAAAGGUUCAGGUAUAUGGUAGAAAUUAUACAUUUGUGGAGACUAGAUGGAAGAAACUCCGUGUUGGUGAUAUCAUUAAAGUGUAUAAGGAUGAAUACUUUCCUGCUGAUCUUCUUCUGCUUUCAUCAAGCUAUGAUGAUGGGGUUUGUUAUGUCGAGACUAUGAAUCUUGAUGGAGAAACUAAUCUAAAAUUAAAGCAUGCCUUGGAGGUGUCAAUUCAUCUUCAAGAUGAAAAAUCUCUCCAAAAGUUUAAGGCUGUGGUUAAAUGUGAGGAUCCUAAUGAAAAUCUGUACUCAUUUAUUGGAACUUUACAAUAUGAUGGUAAAGAAUAUCCUCUUUCCUUGCAGCAGAUCCUGUUAAGAGAUUCUAAGCUGAAAAACACUGAUUAUAUCUAUGGCGUUGUUAUCUUUACUGGCCAUGAUACAAAAGUCAUGCAGAACUCCACUGAUCCUCCGUCCAAGAGAAGCAAAAUUGAGAGAAAAAUGGAUAAGAUAAUCUACAUCCUCUUCAGUACCUUGGUUUUGAUAUCCUUUAUUGGUUCUGUCUUUUUUGGUGUUGAGACCAAAAGGGAUAUUAGUUCUGGCAGGUAUAGAAGAUGGUAUCUUCGUCCAGACAACACAACGGUGUUUUAUGAUCCUAGAAGGGCAACACUUGCUGCUGUUCUUCAUUUUUUGACUGCUCUCAUGUUGUAUGGAUAUCUAAUUCCAAUAUCACUUUAUGUGUCCAUAGAACUUGUGAAAGUUCUGCAGAGUAUUUUCAUCAACCAUGACCAGGAAAUGUAUUAUGAAGAAACAGAUAGGCCAGCUCGUGCACGUACAUCUAAUUUGAAUGAAGAACUUGGUCAGGUUGAUACAAUAUUGAGUGAUAAAACUGGUACUUUGACAUGUAACUCGAUGGAGUUUGUCAAAUGUUCAAUAGGGGGCAUUCCGUAUGGCCGUGGUAUGACAGAAGUGGAGAAGGCACUUGCUAGGAGAGGAAAAGAUGUGGAAUCUGAAGUUGAUGGGGGAUCAUCUGAUUUGUUGGGUCAGAGUAAUGACUUUGUGGACUCUCGGCAUCCAAUUAAGGGCUUUAACUUUAGAGAUGAGCGGAUAAUGAACGGGCAAUGGGUUAAUGAACCAUAUACAGACUUCAUUCAGAGAUUCUUUCGAGUUUUAGCUAUUUGUCACACAGCUAUUCCAGAUGUAGAUAAAGAGUCAAGAGAAAUUUCCUAUGAAGCUGAGUCACCAGAUGAAGCGGCUUUUGUCAUAGCUGCAAGGGAGCUUGGUUUUGAGUUUUUUGCAAGGACACAAACAAGCAUAUCAUUGCAUGAAUUGAAUUAUGAAAGUGGAAAAAAGGUUGACAGAGUGUACCAGCUUCUGCAUGUCUUAGAGUUCAGCAGUUCCCGCAAAAGAAUGUCAGUGAUAGUGAGGAAUGAGGAAAAUCAAUUAUUGCUCCUAUGCAAGGGUGCUGACAGUGUAAUGUUUGAAAGGCUCUCGCAACAUGGAAGACAGUUUGAGGCUGAAACCAGGGAUCAUAUCAAAAGAUAUUCUGAGGCUGGUUUAAGAACCCUUGUAAUCACAUACCGUGAACUUGAUGAAGAAGAAUAUAAGUUGUGGGACAAUGAAUUUUCAAAGAUCAAAACUACUGUAACAGAAGACCGAGAUGCGCUGGUGGAUGCAGCUGCUGAUAAGAUGGAAAGGGAUUUGAUUCUUCUUGGUGCUACCGCAGUUGAGGAUAGACUGCAAAAGGGGGUUCCUGAAUGCAUUGAAAAGCUCGCCCAGGCAAAAAUCAAGUUAUGGGUAUUAACUGGAGACAAGAUGGAAACUGCGGUCAACAUAGGGUAUGCAUGUAGUUUACUAAGACAAGACAUGAAACAGAUAGUGAUCACUCUGGAUUCACCAGAUAUCCUAUCAUUGGAAAAACAAGGGGACAAGGAAGCUCUAUCAAAGGCCUCUAUUGAAAGCAUUAAGAAGCAAAUUAGAGAAGGAAUCUCGCAAAUCAAGUCUGCGAAAGAGAGUUCUAAUACAACUGGGUUUGGCUUGAUAAUUGAUGGGAAGUCCUUGGAUUAUUCUCUUAACAAGAAUUUGGAAAGGGCCUUCUUUGAGCUGGCAAUUAAUUGUGCUUCUGUCAUAUGUUGCCGAUCUUCACCCAAACAAAAAGCUCGUGUUACAAAAUUGGUGAAAUUGGGAACAGGGAAGACAAUAUUAUCUAUCGGCGAUGGGGCAAACGAUGUUGGCAUGCUUCAGGAGGCUGAUAUUGGAGUUGGCAUUAGUGGUGCUGAAGGGAUGCAGGCUGUAAUGGCAAGUGAUUUUGCAAUAGCUCAAUUCCGGUUUCUGGAGCGUUUGUUGUUGGUACAUGGCCACUGGUGUUAUCGGCGUAUAUCAAUGAUGAUAUGCUAUUUUUUCUAUAAAAACAUUGCAUUUGGAUUUACCCUAUUUUGGUUUGAGGCAUAUGCUUCUUUCUCUGGUCAAGCUGCUUACAAUGAUUGGUACAUGUCAUUUUACAAUGUCUUCUUCACUUCACUUCCAGUAAUCGCUCUAGGUGUUUUUGAUCAGGAUGUUUCUGCCAAACUUUGCCUAAAGCAUCCCUAUCUAUAUCUAGAGGGAGUAGAGGACAUCCUCUUCAGCUGGCCCCGGAUUCUUGGCUGGAUGUUGAAUGGAGUCCUUAGUUCUUUAGUGAUCUUCUUCUUGACCACUAAUUCUGUCUUGAAUCAAGCCUUCCGAAGAGAUGGCAAGGUGGUAGAUUUUGAAAUACUUGGGGUCACAAUGUAUACAUGUGUGGUGUGGACUGUGAAUUGCCAAAUGGCACUUUCCAUCAACUACUUCACCUGGAUACAGCAUUUUUUUAUAUGGGGCAGCAUUGCAUUUUGGUAUGUAUUUGUGUUGGUUUACGGUUACCUCUCUCCAGCCAUAUCCACUACAGCUUACAGGGUUUUUGUGGAAGCAUGUGCUCCAAGUGGUCUAUAUUGGCUGGUUACCCUUUUGGUUGUUGUGUGUGUGCUUCUACCCUAUUUCUCCUAUAGGUCUUUCCAAAGUCGGUUUCUACCAAUGUACCAUGAUAUUAUACAGAGAAAACAAGUAGAAGGGCAUGAAGUUGGCUUAUCUGAUGAUGAGUUACCUAAACAAGUCCAGGACAAACUACUACAUCUGAGAGAAAGAUUGAAGCAAAGGGAGUUGUGAAAAUGUAAAUGCUUCUAAACAUCCAUUCUUAGAAACUUGAAAUUGUAUUUAGUUUCUUGCUGAGUUGGGAAGUGGCAUUGAAGUAGUAGUGAGAAUUGCAAAUAGCUUUUAAUUUUAAUUCUUUACUUUUCCUCCUUCGGUUUCCAAUUUUUUUUUAAGAUAGAAGAGGCAGGAUUUGUGUAGCAGUCACCUGAUGUAGAUUAGCUAUGUAAAGCUUGUGUAAUUGUUGUGCCAAAAAAGGCCUUUCUAUUUGUGAACGGAAAAAGCAAUAGAUAUUUGAUAUAUACGAUCUUUAUUAUUGUCUGGUGGAA